UGCGGACGCGGCCGGGGUCCCCCCUCGGCCCCUCCUCCUCCUCCUGCUGCCCCCGACGGCCGUGCAUUCCUCGGCCCGCCUCCUCCGACCUCUUGCCGGGAUCGCCGGGUAGGCUUGGUUCUCUCGGCUGGCAGGAGCAUCGGGUGCCGCUCCCGUUGGCUGUGGUGUGGGGGGUGUGUUUUUGGAUCCUGCGAGACGAGAGGAGGUGGUCCUCCUUCGAGGCCGAGCCGAGAUUCUUUGUGAUGCACUGAACUCGUGUUCAGACUCAAAACUGACAAACAGAAAAGGGCACCUAACAGGCUUCAGUGAUUAAUGGCCUCCACUGGAGAGGGAAAAAUUAAGGGUUGUGGCCCAAAACUUUUCGGGGCAAAGGAGAACAAAGUCUCAAAGAGAAUAGACAAUCCAAAUUGCAGCACCGCAGGGAAGUUUUGUCCAAGUUCUUCUAAUGUUGCGUCAUCUUCCCCCUUAAGGGCUCUUUCAGAAGUUAAGGGCAUGCGUCUCAGCCAUUUCCUGGCGCAAACUCCUAAUAAUACAACAACUGAGCCCGUCAGAAUAUUUGUCGCCACCUGGAAUGUUGGAGGGAAAGCACCAACGGCUGAGCUGAACCUGGACGAUUUUCUCCCCCCUGAUGAUCAUUCAGAUAUUUAUGUUUUGGGUUUUCAGGAAAUUGUUCCUCUCAAUGCUGGUAAUGUGCUUGUAAUAGAAGACAACGAGCCAGCUGCCAGAUGGCUCGUUCUUAUAAACCAAGCACUAAACCGGCCAGCUGAAACUGAUGCCAAUGUCUUUCAGCAUGAGCCAUCUCCAUCCGUUGAUUCUACUGCUUCUCGAGCAUCUUCAAGUCUUGAUGCUUCUUUCUCUGACCUUGCAAAAACAUCAAGUAGUUCCACAAUUUUCCAGAAGUCUUAUCUAAAAUCCAUUAGGAAAUCUUUCAUGCCAGUCCAGAGAAAGCGGCUUAAGGCCUGCAACUGCCCUGUAGAAACAGCCAAGUCAUCCUACAGAGAUGCUUGCUUUGGAUGCCCCAAAGCGUAUGCGUACGAAAUAGAUUCCUCAGAAGAAGAUGAACAGGAAGAAAAUAAAGAGGGUUCUAAUGGAUCUGUCUGCAGUGGAGUAAUUUCUGCUCCAACCGCAAGGGAUCAACUAAAAUAUAAUCUUAUAGCAUGUAAACAAAUGGUUGGUAUUUUUGUUAUGGUAUGGGUGAAAAAGGAACUAGUGCAACACAUUGGUCAUCUAAGAACGACUUGCAUAGGGCGAGGGAUUCUGGGUUGUCUUGGAAACAAGGGAUGCAUAUCAGUGAGCAUGACUCUGCACCAGACAAGCUUUUGUUUCAUCUGCAGCCAUUUGGCUUCAGGUCAGAAAGAAGGUGAUGAGUUCCGGAGGAACUCUGAUGUUCUAGAGAUACUGAGGCUUACACUGUUUUCAAGGAUUUGCAGGAGAGGUGCACGAAAAAUCCCAGAGAAAAUUCUUGAGCAUGACAAGGUGAUAUGGUUUGGAGAUCUGAACUAUCGUAUCGCACUGAGCUAUGCAGAUACCAAAAAGUUUUUGAUGGAAAAUAACUGGGAUGCCCUUUUUGAAAGGGAUCAGCUUAAAAUCGAACGUGAUGCUGGGAGAGUAUUCAAGGGGUGGAAUGAGGGGAAGAUAUAUUUUGCUCCAACAUACAAGUAUUCUUGUAACUCAGAUGCUUAUGCUAGUGAGACUGCAACAUCAAAGAAAAAGAGGAGAACACCAGCAUGGUGUGAUAGAAUAUUAUGGCACGGGGAUGGUAUCAUGCAACUAUCCUACUACCGAGGGGAGUCUAAAUUUUCUGACCAUCGGCCUGUCUGUGGAACCUUCAUUGUUGAAGCUGAGGUACUAAACAAAAAGGCAAAGAUGCUCUCAUCAAAUGCUAACAUGAAAAUUGGUGCUGAAGAGCUCUUACCGAAGGACAAAAAUAAGGGUAAAGGUUCAUUACGAUGCAUAAACUCUCCAAAAAUAUCAUAAUAAUAACGUGGAUAAGUCAUACUGAUUCGUCUGAGACAUUAGCACUCAGGAGUCAAGCUUUUUUUUUUCCUUACCAAAGUCAGGAGUCAAGAUUCACUCUUUUGGCAUGUUUGGAUGAGUGGUAAACAAAUCCUCCUCUGAACAGGCCCUUGGAAUUCCUAUUAUACGUCCGAGCAUACGAAAAUGUCUUGGAAGGAAGGUGAUGAUUAAAUUUGUGCAGCAACUUUAGUUAUUCUUUCCAACGAAAUGGCUGGUUACAUAUCCGACGAGUUGCUUACCUGUUUUCAACCCAAAUACUCCUAGCUUAGAGAUCCCUUGCUGGUAGCAUAACAUGGCCUAAAUACAUAGUUUUUUUUUCCUCUUUGCAAAGGUUACUGACCCUGCUGUAGACCUGGCUUUGUUUUUGUUUAUGUAUUUUUCUAAACAAAGUAGACAUGCCUUUGUAACUUACAUGGAAGAAAAGAUGUACUGAGACAGCAUUAACCUAAUUUAAACAUUGGUUCUUCUACUUUGCCUUCA